GGGCAAUAUAAAUAUAAGCACAAUUGUGCAUGUUUCACAUCUCUACAAAUACGAAUCUCGAACGACGUUAGAGCUGGUUUGUAUUCAAGAUGCUGCUUUUGUGUGUUGCUUUGGUAGUUACACUCUCGGCCACUGUAAAUGUCAAUGGUCAGCAUCAUUCCCAGAUGGGGCCGCCUUCUUAUUACGUGGCUGACUGGGAAAAUGAAGAGGAGUGCUCUGUGCUCUGCGGAACAGGUCUCAUGCCACAGAUUCAGCGGGUGAAAUGCGUCGAAUAUUUUACAUGCAGUAGUGUUCCACCUCCUAAUAGAAGAAACGUAACAUGUAACACCCAACCGUGCGGAGACACCUGUCCGCCUGGAGCGGACAAUUUUGUACCACAUCCCUCGAACCCAAGUCGCUUCUACCGGUGCGCAAAUGAGAAAGCCUUUCUUUUUCGUUGCCCAGCGCCGCUUGUCUGGGGGCAGAAGCAAAGAAGAUGUUCAUGGACAUGGGAAGUGGAACCAUAGCUAUGUUUGUUAAACUCAUUAUUACUUCCUAACAUCUGUCACGUAAUAUUAUACAAGGCAGUUAACUGCUAAGCCCUUUUUCUCAAAUUGAUGUUUAACUGAAUAAAGAUGAUUGCACGUAA